AUGUCCACACCAUAUCACAUUCAGCUGAUCAAGAACCGCCUUAUUCGCAUUGGUGCGAUUGACAAGCCCAAGCCGACUUCAAUAGAAAUUACCCGCCUUCAGCGUAUUCAGACAUUAGCGCUUUUCCGUUCAGCACUCAGAGAAACAAAGAAGAUCAAGCAUGACACUCAUCUUCGGGACUGGUUUUUAGAAUGGUUCAGAUCCAGCUUCAAGAAGAACAAACAGGUUGCGAGCGAUGAGUUAUUACGGACGAAGCUGAAAAGGGGGGCACGGGAACUUCGUUGUAUUCGCAACUUGAAUGCCGGGUCUAUCACAGAUCUCGACCGUGCUUUGAAAUAUGCUUAUGCGCGAGUCGGUCCAUCUCGCCAUGAGAUCAUGCAGCGCAUUCUGUCGCAACCAUCUCCACCCGCCCGACAUCUAAUCAAGAACGAUCCAAGAGGGUCUUUGCCCCGAUAUCCCGCACUGCUAAGACAUCUUCUCACCAAUCAAAGCAUCAAUACCGAAUCACCGGUUGAUAUGAGCAAGCUGGUUCGGCCCCCAACGUUGCCUGAUCGUGCUGACCCGACCUCCGAGGAUGCCCAUCUCCUUGGUCCUCUUCCGCAGAGGAGAGAGAAGAACAUUCAUUGGCGAUAUUACAACACUCUACUUAAAGACAUACGCAUGCCUCUCGGUUCUGUUGGUGGACCAUACGACGUGGCUGGUCUGGGUACGGAUACAUUUUCCCGACUAGAGCGCUUGGCAAAAGGACAUGGAGACGACGGCAGUAAACUCGGUAGGGCUAUGAAGCGCGCAUAUAGACGCAUAUUGGGCAUAACACCACACACGAAAUACAUCGAUGAUCCGAAAGGCCCUCCCGAUCGAGACGAGGACCGUCUUGAGCACCCCGAGGUGCACGAUGGCGAGAAUGGCACUGAAGAUGGGAAACAAAGUGCUACUCUUUCCGCUCGCAACUACGUCACUCGUAUUUCGCCUCUUGCCGUCCAGCGAAUUGGACGGUUUAACGGCCCCUCGAAUCCUCAUACCAUGCCUGUCGCAGCGGAAAAGUGGGUGCAAAGGGCGCUGCAGGCGGAUUUUGAAGAGCAGCAGCAUUUGCGGGAAACAGCGCGAAAGCGCGUGAUACGCAAGAAGAUGUCCGAGAGAGCCUGGUUUGGAGGAGACGAGCUUCGGCAAUUAGGAGCAUUAAUGGCUCCCGAGAUCGAGCCAGAAGCGGAGACAGGCCCCGAUGCGAGGGCACAGUCGCCUUCGUCGGUCAGCAUCUAUUGAUAUACCGGAAAUCACUCGGGUGCUUUUGGGGGUGCUUUUGCUACAUCUUCCCAGUGCUCUCAAAC